AUGCUUCGCCUCUCCGACCUAGGCUCCAUGAAACCUCGCGUCUUACCCGCCAACCAAAAAGACGACCGCGACAAAGACCUCCGCGACGUCGACGACGUUUUCAACAACGACCACGACGUACAAAGCAACGACAAGCGUGUUGUAGUUCCACUGGCAUACAAUAGAGAUGAGAUCACCAAGAGAAACCAGACAGACUCACAUCUCCUCCUCCUCCCCGCCGAACUCCGCAACAAGAUCUACACCUUCGUCUUCCUAAACACCACCAUCAACAUCAACAAGCUACUCAUCAAAAAAGACGUGCUCGGCCGCUACCCCAGCGUCCGCGCCAUCCUCUACACAUGCCGCCAGAUCUACAUCGAAGCCAGCGCCUCAUCCUUCACCCUGUGCACCUUCGUCCCUAGCUACUUCGCGCUCAGAUUCUUUGCGUCGUCAAAUCUACCGGCAGCAGGCUUUGGGAAGAUAGAACGUUUGUGGCUGACGCAGGGGAAUGGAAGGGCUAUCAUCGAGGGACAGGAUGAAAUGAAGGGUGCCUAUCUGAAGGAAUGGUUUGCUUCACUAAAGCUGUUGGAGAUAGAAGUCUGGCGUCUAAAAGUUAACUUGACGGACACUCAGGCAAGAGAGAAGGUGAGGGAUGCGUUUGGGCUGCCGGGUCUGCACGUUGUGGGUAGGCGCGUGGGUGAGGAUGGGGUGGGGGCUGUUUGA